AACCAUGAAUCUACUGUUCAACUUCUUAUAUUUUUAGAGAACAAUGAUUUUCCUUUCUGUUUUUAAGAAGGGGAAUAGAUUUGUGGUUUCGUUUCUGAUUUCCCCUUCUCCACCUUUCCCGCCUCUUUGAAUCUCUUGGCUCCGGUUUGGAAGAAAUUCGAAGAAGAAAUGGCGGAAGAACAUAGAUGCCAAACACCAAAUCUAUGCGCUAACAAUUGUGGAUUACACGGAAACCCUGUAACGCAAAAUCUUUGUUCUAAAUGUCACCGUGAUCUUCAGCUUAAACAACAUCGAUCUUCCUCCGCCAAACACGCCGUUAAUCAGAUCCCAACCCCUUCGUGUUCGUCUUCGUUCCAGGUGAAGGAUGAACAGACGGCGGAGGUUGUGGUUGAGGUUAGACCUAAGCGAUGCUUGGGCUGCAACAAACGCGUGGAGCUCACGGGGUUCAAGUGCAGGUGUGGGAUGGUGUUUUGUGGGAUCCAUAGGUACCCGGAAGAACAUGGAUGUAAUUUUGAUUUCAAAGCCACGGGGAAACAACAGAUUGCCAAAGCUAAUCCUAUUGUAAAGGCUGUCAAGCUUCGGAAAAUAUGAAUUUGAUGUG